AUGGAACAGUUUAACAAGAUAUUUCUAAAUAUCAGUGAAUGUAGCCUCAUACUUAAGGAGCGUCCAAGUAAUCACCAUCAAUACAAUCUUCCAACUACUGAACAAGUUGCGACAAUUAUUGUUGGAUGUGAUGCAGAUUCUAUGGAUUAUGGAAGGGAUAUUAAUGUCAUUCGUUGUGAUGGAAAUCUCAAGAAAGUUCAAGAGACAAAGGGAUAUUAUGAUCCUUUGCAAUACCAUGUAUUGUUUCCAUUUGGGACGCAUGGUUGGGACAUCAACACAACAAAUUGCAAUGGACGAAGAGUGUCAUGUCGAGCAUAUUACAGUCACAUGCUUCAGAUUCGCCCAAAUGAUCAAUCAAUGUUGUUAAAUACGGGUCGACUGUUGCAACAAUAUGUUGUAGACAAUUAUGUCAAAAUUGAAUCAUGGAGAUUAAGGUGGAUUAAAGAGCACCAAAGUGAUAUACGUUCUGAAUUGUACCAAUGUUUACAUGAUGCUUUGCAUGUUGGUAAAACUAAUGCAGCUACAAAUUCAUAUAGCAUAAAUAUACAGUUUUAA